AUGCCUAGGGAAAUCAUCACGAUCCAAGCCGGCCAGUGCGGCAACAAUGUCGGUAGCCAGUUCUGGCAGCAACUGUGCCUGGAGCACGGAAUCAGCCAAGAUGGUAACCUGGAGGAGUUUGCGACAGAAGGCGGCGACCGCAAGGACGUUUUCUUCUAUCAGAGUGACGAUACCCGAUACAUUCCCCGAGCUAUUCUUCUCGAUCUAGAGCCUAGAGUUCUUCACAGCAUUCAAUCAGGCCCGUACAAGAAUAUUUACAACCCGGAGAAUUUCUUUAUCGGAGAAAAUGGUGUUGGAGCUGGUAACAACUGGGGUGCCGGCUAUGCGGCAGGAGAGGGUGUCCAGGAAGAGAUUUUUGAUAUGAUUGAUCGAGAAGCAGAUGGAAGUGACUCAUUAGAGGGAUUUAUGUUGUUACAUUCCAUUGCAGGAGGUACAGGUUCUGGCUUGGGAAGUUUUCUGCUGGAGCGUAUGAAUGAUCGUUUCCCCAAGAAGCUGAUUCAGACAUACUCCGUGUUUUCGGAUUCCAACGAUGUGGUCGUCAAUCCUUACAACAGUUUAUUGACGCUGCGCCGAUUGACUCAAGAUGCCGACUCUGUGGUUGUUUUGGAUAACCUUGCUCUAGCAAGCAUCGUUGCAGAUCGUCUCCAUGUCCAGAAGCCCAAUUACGACCAAACUAAUCAACUUGUAUCUACUGUCAUGUCGGCUUCUACCACCACCCUCCGCUACCCAGGAUACAUGCACAACGACCUAGCAGGAAUCAUUGCGUCCUUGAUCCCAACCCCACGCACCCAUUUCUUAGUCACCUCCUACACCCCAUUCACCGGCGACAACAUCGAGCAAGCCAAGACAGUGCGCAAGACAACCGUUCUAGACGUGAUGCGCCGCCUCCUCCAACCAAAGAACCGCAUGGUCUCAAUUAACCCCAGCAAAUCAAGUUGCUACAUGAGCAUUCUCAACAUCAUCCAAGGCGAAGCCGACCCCACAGACGUCCACAAGUCCCUUCUGCGUAUUCGCGAACGUCGUCUAGCUUCCUUUAUCCCAUGGGGCCCCGCCAGUAUCCAGGUCGCACUCACAAAGAAAUCACCAUACCUGCAACACACAAAUCGCGUCAGCGGUCUGAUGUUAGCAAACCAUACCUCUGUAGCAACGCUGUUCAAGCGAAUUGUCCAGCAAUACGACCCGCUCCGCAAACGCAAUGCGUUCAUCCAGCAAUACGAGAAAGAAGCACCCUUCGCAGAUGGCUUGGGCGAAUUCGAUGAAGCCCGUGCGGUUGUCAUGGAUCUCAUUCGUGAGUACGAAGCCGCCGAACGCGAAGACUAUUUAGAACCGGAUGCCAGCAAAGAAAACCAAGUUGGCGCAUAA